UUUUUUUGUCUUGUUGCAAAACUCAAUUUCUACUCCUCCUCCUCCUCGAUCCAUCCAACUCGUUUUCUAACUCUCGUCUCUAUAGAUAGGAGAAAGGAGGAGAAAAAACUCCAUUUGAUAUCGAUCACAUUCAUUCAUAUUUGGCAGGAUCAUAACUUGGAAAGUUAGCUAGCUAGCUAGCUACGCCAUAUAUAUACAUAUAUAAUGAUGAGCAACAACGAGGAACUAAAAGAAAAGCUUUUGGAAGAACAUGAGAAUUGCCCCGGUUGUAAAGUAGAUCGUCAAAAGCAAGCACAGACCGGGUUACCCAUCAAGCAGCUCUUUAUUAUAUGGGUCGUCGUCUUAUGUGUUGGCACUGAUAUAAUAACGAAUGGGAAUGAGUUUACAAAGCCACUUUUGAAGGAAGAGUAUUAUGAAAAUUGUCCAGGGUGUCAUGUAGAUCAAACAAAAGAGGCACAAACCGGUGUGCCAUUAAAGGAAGUGUUAUUUAUAUGGUUUAUAGGACUCUCUGUUGCACUGCCAAUAUCGUCUCUAUUUCCAUUUCUUUAUUUCAUGAUAAGGGAUUUCAAUAUCGCGGAUAAAGAGGAGGACAUCAGUUACUAUGCAGGUUUUGUUGGAUCUGCAUAUAUGGUUGGGAGGGCGCUGACAUCCGUCUUUUGGGGAGUUGUUGCUGAUCGAUAUGGUCGAAAACCAGUUAUUAUUAUAGGCACUACAACAGUGGUUAUUUUCAACACACUGUUCGGUUUUAGUGUCAACUAUUGGAUGGCUAUCCUUACAAGGUUUCUUCUUGGAUUUUUGAACGGGCUACUUGGACCAAUAAAGGCAUAUGCAUGUGAACUUUUCCGGGAAGAACAUCAAGCUUUAGGAUUAUCUGCUAUUAGUACAUCAUGGGGUAUAGGACUGAUCGUUGGGCCGGCAUUGGGAGGUUACCUUGCACAGCCUGCAGAGAAGUUUCCUGGUCUAGUAACACCUGAUUCUUUAUUUGGGAGAUUUCCAUACUUAUUGCCUUGCCUUUGCAUCUCCAUUUUUGCACUUUUUGUGACCAUUGGCGGCGCAAUAUGGCUUCCGGAAACAUUACACUUUCAUAAGAAAAAUGAGUUAGAGUCUGCUUCUUUUGUUCCCGAUGUGGUGGAUAAGACAGAUGAAAAGAAUGAUUCUAGUAUAAUGAGUCUCCUCAAGAACUGGCCAUUAAUGUCUUCUAUCAUUGUCUAUUGCGUUUUUUCACUUCAUGACAUGGCUUACACUGAGAUCUUUUCAUUGUGGGCCGUAAGUCCCAAGAAUUUAGGAGGCCUGAGCUAUUCAACUGAAGAUGUUGGCACAGUUCUGUCUAUCACAGGGGUGGGACUUCUCCUUUUCCAGACCACAUUAUAUCCAGUUGCAGAGAGAUUUUUUGGCCCCAUCAUGGUGACUCGCGUUGGGGGAAUCUUGUCCAUACCUCUGCUCACGUCAUAUCCAUACAUAGCCCUGCUAUCCGGCGUCAUACUUACUAUUACAUUAAAUUGUGUAUCAAUCGUGAAGAAUGUUCUAUCGGUUUCCAUCAUAACAGGGACGUUCAUGUUACAAAAUAAAGCUGUGGAACAACACCAAAGAGGUGCGGCGAAUGGUAUAUCCAUGACUUUGCAGUCAAUAUGCAAAGCAAUCGGUCCAGCAUGUGGAGGAGCGCUAUUGUCUUGGUCCCAAAAGAGACAGAAUGCAGCCUUUCUUCCAGGUGAUCAAAUGAUAUUCUUCUUCUUAAAUGUAAUAGAGGGAAUUGGUGUACUACUUACGUUCAAGCCCUUUUUGAUCUCAAACCAUUACUAGAAGACAGUACAAUUAUCACGCUUGAACCCGAAUUCAUUCUCAUUAAAAAUCCUAUUCUUUGUGAA